UCCACUGAGUUACAAGGCGGUAAAGAAGCGCUUCCAGCUCAGUAUUUGCUAAGCGCCUUUCCCGCGAGUAGACUCUCGAGUACAAUGAGAAAGCAAACAAACAAACAAACAAAACAAAACAAAAGAUAUUUACUGAACUGCGCGUCAGCCAAGUUCGUGAUGCAGGUGAAGUUCACGUUAUUCUUUCUGGUGCUUCUGGUAAGAAAAUCUUUGUUACUUGCAGUAAGAAACAAUAGACUUUAUAGGGAAGGAUGAGAUGAGUAAAACUGUUUACAGUUCCUCUAGUCACUUGCUUCAGUUGCUUCCAUAGUCCGACCCGGUAAAAAGAGAUUUUGGUAGCCAUGUUGCCGAUUUUAGUUAUCAUUAUAUUUAGGUUUAUUUGAUUAAACGGUCCGUCCUUGGGCGAUACACUGUGACCAUUUUGUGACUGAAGAGCAAAAAAUUCGGUUAGCAAAGUGCCAUGAACUUUCCAAGCACUGAAUUUCUGCUUUACUUGAAUCAUCUUAAUCUCUUUAUUCCACAGAUUGCUAGGGAAGAAGGACAAACAGGAAAAUACAGUAAGCCUUACACGAAAAGGAACAUGAGAAAGUUGUUUGAUGCCAAUGAGUACUUCAUUUUAGUGUUUCCUUCGUAAACUGAAAAAAAACACACACACACACACUCGUCUCAUAAGCUGUUAGAAUCAUGCUCCUAAUUCUGCAUUUAAUUUUUCCAUAAAAAAUAUAGUUUUAACUACAUCAUCAAGGACCUCUAUGCUGCCACGAAUGGUUCAUUAAUAAUUUUUCUCUUAUUAGAAUAUUUUCUUCUCAAAAUAUAUCCCUAAUGCGGUGCGAUAUUCAAUACACGCGUUCGUAAAAAGCAGAAUAUAUAUUGAAUAUAAUCUUAACAAGGUGUUUUGAGAGCGACGGGAGAUGAAGAGGAAUAAUGGAAAAGAAUAACAACAAUUUUCGAGAAAUCUUUUAUUGGGUGCCGGAAUAAUAGAAUAAAUAAAACUUUCGAGAUGGAAUAAUGAAUUAGUUAACAUGCAUGGCAAGAUGGAAUACUAAAUUAGCAUUCAAUCCUUUGGCCUCUUCCUAUCCCAAUAAUGAGUCAAAACAGAUAUUACUCUUCGAAUGAAUUGCAAAGCUUUUUCGAACAGCUCCAAGUUUUAGUACAAACUCAAUUCAAAACGUCAUGUGUUGCAUUACGUAAGUCACAUUAGCUCGUUCGGACCUCUUAAUUUGCGUUUUUCGGCUUUUCAAAUCGAUGAAAUGUCUUCCAGCGGCUAUUUAGGUGGGUACAUCUUUCUCUUUUAAAAGCUUAAUUCUCAGAAUAACUGAGAAAACCUCUGAGAAAACCACCGUCAGCUCAGUGGAUAGAGCGCUUGACCGCAGAGCGGGAGGUCGCAGGUUCGAUUCCCGGGGCCGGACCAAUACUCAGGAUCUUACAAUAACGGAAAAAUGAAGGUACUUCCUUUGCACUGCAAGCGGCAAUACCUUUGCGUGGCUCGGAUGUCUGCGUAAAAUGGGGGUCCAGUCUCCCGCAGUUGGAGAUGUAAAUAUAGUGUCCCUAAUCAGUACUUUCGUCCUAAAUACUUUUGAAAUGAUGAAAUGUUCCUACAGUUUGAUUUGCGAGUUCGAAUAUUUUCAUUCAAUUAUACUUCGCAUGCUCUCAUACACGCUUCUAGUGAGAAGCGGGGAUAGGUGGGGGUUUUCAUCAGCUUAAUUGCCACAACAUAACGUUGAAUUAGCAAAAAAUAAAUGAAUGGAUGAAUGAAUGACUGAAUGAAUGAAUGAAUGAACAAACGAAUGAAUCAAUGAGUGAGUGAAACAAGUACACUUAGUACAGCAAGUUAUUGUUUAGAGCUCAAAAGCAAUAGUUUCUGACGUGUAAGUAGCACUUUUAAAAGUUAUUGCAUUCACUAAUAAAUGUAACCAAUAACGCGGAAUUUGCUGCUCAACUUUUUAUUCACAAUUUAGGACGUUGCCAAGACGCUCUCGGCAUGUCAGAUGGAGUGAUUACAGAUGCUCAAAUUACUGCAUCUUCAGAAUGGAAUCCGGUUUCACAUUCCGUCUCUUUUGGGAGGCUUUAUAACAAAACAGGCUCUGGAGCUUGGGUGGUUAGGAUAAUUGAUUUGAGUCAGUGGAUACAGGUUGAUGUUGGUCGGCAAAGGACAAGAAUAACACGAAUAGCAACCCAAGGAAGAUACAAUUACCCUCAGUGGGUGACCAAGUACAGUCUGCAAGUUAGUAACGAUGGGGAAAACUUUCAGUACUUUAAGGAACAAGACCAAACCACAAACAAGGUACCAUAUAAUUCCGAGAAUAAGCCUCUCUGUUUAAAGGCCCCUCUUACAGCCCUUACUGAGUGGUUGAGCUAGGGACUCAACAAUACUUUACUGUCCAAACCUUUUUUAUUUUUCUUGAGGAAUCAGGUUUUUACCGGAAAUACAGACUCAAACACCGUGGUUUCUCACAACUUGAACCCAUCGAUCAUGACGCGUUACAUCCGUUUUCGACCA